AUGGCUAUCAAUGAGAUCGUCACCGAUGAGUCGCUUCUGCCGGUGCUCCAGACCAGCGCUGAGACGCUAGUGCAGUGCCAACAGUUGCUCUCCAUACUGAACCCCGACACCCUGCCUAACGACUCCGCCAAACUCCAAGAGCUAUCCUUGGCCGCGUCCAAGCAGCAAAAGGUCCUAUUCGCCUUGCUAGCCCGACUGCGCGGGCAGAACCGGGGCGCUAUCUUCCGUGUUCGCGACACCAAGCAAGCCACCGCAGAGGCUCGACAGGAGAUCGACCGACUGCAUCUCCAACUGCAGAACCUUUACUACGAGCAGAAGCACCUCACUGGCGAAAUCGCGGCCUGUGAAGCAUAUGAUCAUAAAUACCUGUCCCUUCCUUUGAUCCCCGUCCAGGAGUUCCUUGAGCUUCACCCUGAACAUCGUGAGACCAACGAACAUGAUUUGAUGAUCGCCCGCAUCAACCAUGAGCAUGCUGAGCGAGAGAAACUUGAGCAAGCGCGGCAAGAGCUGUUGAAGCGCAAGCAGGCUUUGAUUGCGGAGAACAAGAAGAGGAAGGAUGAUCUUGCGAACCUCGACCAGGACCUUGAGAAGUUUGUCGAUGCUGCCAAACCGAUCCAGAAGAUUUUCGAGAAGGAAUACUAG